AUAAGAGGGAUGAGUAUAUGCUGUUAUGAUACUUUUUCUUAGUUUCUUACCUUUCCCUUUUUUGUCUAUAAAUUCAUCAUCAAUCCUCAAAACCAUUCCUCAAACUCAAAACUAUAAAAUUCACACUCCUUAGUCAUCCCAUAAACUCUUUCAAGAAGAAAAGAGAGGCAAAAAUGGAUUAUAAGGGAUCAAUUUUCAUUAAGCUUCUUCUGCUGCUGCACUGUUUAACAGUUCUCUGUGCUUCACAGGACUUUGAUUUCUUCUACUUUGUUCAGCAGUGGCCAGGAUCAUACUGUGACACACAGAAGAGUUGUUGCUACCCCACAACAGGUAAACCUGCUGCAGAUUUUGGCAUUCAUGGUCUUUGGCCAAAUUACAAUGAUGGCUCAUACCCAUCUAACUGUGAUCCUAACAACCCUUUUCAGCAAUCUGAGAUAUCUGAUCUCAUUAGCAAUUUGCAAAAUGAUUGGCCCACACUGGCAUGCCCAAGUGGUGAUGGAAUACAAUUCUGGACCCAUGAAUGGGACAAACAUGGCACUUGCUCAGAGUCAAUCCUUAAGCAACAUGACUAUUUUGAAGCAGCUCUCAACCUUAAACACAAGGCCAAUCUCCUUCAAGCUCUUACAAGUGCAGGAAUAAAGGCAGGUGGGGGAUCCUAUAGCUUGAGCAGCAUCAAAGGGGCUAUAAAGGAUGCAAUUGGGUAUACUCCAUUCAUUGAGUGCAAUGUGGACUCAUCCGGUAACAGCCAGCUAUAUCAAGUUUACUUGUGUGUCAACACUUCUGGGUCAGAUCUCAUUGAGUGUCCUGUGUUCCCCAGGGGCAAAUGUGGCUCAAAUAUUGAGUUCCCAUCUUUUUAGUCAUGGGUUUGAAAAUGAAUUAUGAAAUGUGAAUGUAGAUCAAUAAAAAAGCUACAAUAUUUAAUAUCAUUAUUGUAAAUAUAUGAUUUUAAAGCACCCUAAUGAUUUCUUAGAAUUUGUGGAAGUUUUCAAGUUUAUUUUCCAGUUAAUGUAAUGAUAUUUGAUUACAUGUUAUUGUCCUUUUCAUGUC